AUGUCCAACAUCGUUCUUGUUAGCGGAGCCAACCAGGGAAUCGGCUACGAGAUUGCCAAACAACUCAGCCAAAUGUCCGACUAUCAUGUUUUCCUCGGAUCGAGAGACCUAGACAAGGGGAAAACAGCUGCUACCCAAAUACAAGAAAUCGGAGGAAGUGUUGAAGCAAUUCAGCUCGAUGUCACUGAUCGUAAAUCAUUGUCAGCCGUAAGACAAUACAUCGAGACCAAAUUCGAACGUCUUGAUGUCCUCGUCAGCAAUGCAGCAAUCCUCCUUGACCCUAAAGUCAGCCCCGAAUACUCUCUAGGUCAAGCAACGCAAGACACUUUUGCUACCAACACUUCUGGAGCAGCAGACCUAGCCGGAGAGUUUGUGCCUCUCCUCAAACGUAGUCGGCUACCACGAAUGGUCUUUGUGUCGAGUGGUUACGCCAGUCUGCACUUCUUCGCCAACUUCACGCCCUCGUACACCACGGCCAAGUUCUUUACUCCAGCAUAUGCGUGCAGUAAAGCUGCGUUGAACAUGUUGAUGCUGCACUAUAAUGUGCAGUAUGGAAACAAGGGUUGGAAGAUCAACGCUUGUUGUCCUGGUUUUACGAAGACCAAUUUCAGCAACCACGAUGAGCAGGCUGGCCCUGCGCAGGAAAGUGCGCAGAUUGCAGUCAAGUUAGCAACGCUGAAUGAGGAUGGCGAGACCGGUACAUUUGUCAACACCAAAGGGCAGAUUGCAUGGUGA